GGAGGGUUGUCUUCACUUGUUGAGUUUAUUCAGGUUAACUUGGAGCGGUACUUUCCCUGGCAAAUGUCUAUGGCUGUCGUGAUGACUUGAAGAACGAUUGAACCGCUGUGGGGCGGGUCCUCCCGCCGGCAUAGACUGUUGACUUAAUCCUAUUAAGUAUAUAGAAGAAAAUGGCGGAUGUUAAGGAUAUUCUGGGCAUGUCCCGGUCGGGGCCUGCCCAGGCGGAGGAAAAGGCACCAGCGCCGAAGGAGAAGAAGGAGAAAAUAAAGCGGCCAGAGGGAAUGUCAAGAGAAGCGUUCGCGCUGCUUGGAGCCUCGCAUCCAAUUCUAUCCAGCCAGUUUGCCAGCAAUCUUAAGAAAAAUGAUAUGCUCAAGAAGCCCAAACCAUCCACCAAGGGUAUUAUUACCUACCAAUACCGGCCAUUUAAGAAUUCAGCAAGGACGGAUGGACUAGAGCUGUUCCACUGGCUUAAGUGCUCCAAGGGCGCAAAUGGAGUCAUCCGGGAACCCGAAGACACGGAGUACCCCUACGCGAAGUACAACAAGAAGGUUCAGCUGUACAAGUACAACGACGAGGAGUACGACAGCCUCAUAAAGCCGGAAAGCGGCAACUGGAGCCGUGCGGAGACGGACUACCUGUACGACAUGUGCGAGCUGCUGGACCUGAGGUGGCACGUCAUCAGCGACAGAUACGAUUGGCCCGGCGGCCCCUCCUGCCCGCCCACCCCCCGCUCCCUGGAGGACCUCAAGGAGCGCUACUUCGCCGUGGCCCGCAAGCUGCUGGUGUCGCGGCAGGGGCGGGAGGCGCCCGUGGCUAACCACCCGCUCGUCAAACAGCCAUUCAACAAGCAGGUGGAGCAGGACCGCAAGCGGGCGCUGGCGGCGCUGCUGGCCAGGACGCCGCAGCAGAUAGCGGAGGAGCAUGCGAUUCUGGCGGAGGCUCGCGCCAUCGAGGAAAAGCGCAAAGCCGAGGCCGGAGCCGCCAAACGCGCCGCAGCGGCCGCUGCAGCAACCGCCGCCCCGGCCAGCGCCCCCUCCGCUCCCACUGCCGCCCCCCCACGCACCACCUCGCCCUCCCAGCCCUCCGGCCGACCCACACCCGUGCCCGGCGCCCCGCCCUCCCUCACCACGCCCCACACCGGCGGCCUCGCGGCGGCGGCCCCCGGCAUGCAGCCCGGGCCCCACAUGGGCGCCGCUGCUUCAGCGGCGGGCGGUACGGCUGCCGGCAUGGCACCAGGGGCUGCUGCUGCUGCUGGCGGCAGCAUGGGCGGCGCGGGCGGGGCGGUGGCUGCCCCUGGAGCUCCCCGGGCGCUCAGUCCGGUGCCGGGCAUGGGCGGUUACGGAGCCGCUGGGUCCGCAGGGGGAGCCGGAGCAGGCGGGAUGGGUGGCAGUUUCGGAGGAGCAGGGGCGGCAGCAGGGGUGCCCGGGCUUCCUGGCGGAGUGGUUUCGGAGCUGCGGCACCCGGUGGAGUUUGAGUCGGCGCCGCCGCCCGGCACUCCGUCGCUGUUUGACGCGGACGUGAAGCCCUACAAGCCGAAGCCCGGCGUGUACCUGCGCGGGGGUCACACGCAGGCCAUGGCGGCGCAGCAGGCGGCGGCCAUGACGGGGGGAUCCAGGGCCUUCAAGGCCGUGGAGACCACCCUCACCGAGCUGCAGUGCCCCGCCGCGCUGUACGGCCCGCGGGUCAUGACCCGCGCCACCACGGGGGCCUGGCUGGCGCUGCGCUCUGAGGUGAUUGCGCUGCACGAGACGCGGAGGAACCUGGCCAACCGACUGAAUGCGGACGAGCGGGCGGUGAGCAGGCGGCCGGAGAAGAGGAGGCGGCCG